CCGCACUGUGAUGCGCCUGUCGGAAGUGGAAGGGUACCGCCGUUUUUUGAGUUUCCUAUAAAUUAGUUUAUAAGGCACUUCAUUAUUCCUUAAUACACUUUAUGUUAAAUUUACUGGAGUAAUGAUAAAGGGCACGAUGUUAAAUUAAAACACCCUCUUUGAUGUGGAAAUGGUACAGACUGUAGUCUAUUCUAAAAUUUGCCGCACGAUGGGAAAGGGGAAGAGCCAGCUAGCUAAAUUAGCCGACAAGUGCAAUCAAGAUUAUGAGUCGUAUUGAAAUAGCCGAUACGGGUAGUUUAUAUGACAGGAAAGUAGUGCACUGUAACGUUUAAAAAAUCAACCAGGGGGAUGGUGGACACUAAGCAUGUAUUCCAGAUCUCUGGGAUCAAAAACGUACACACGAAAGAGAAGCUGCUGCGUGGAAUCCACCGUCUGGGUGGGAAGUAUAUCGGUGGCUCUACUUAUAGGGAGGGGACAACACACCUGAUUGUCAGUCGUCCUUCGAAUAGCGAGAAGUUCCUUGCCGCCUGUGCAGGAGGGAUUUGGGUCGUGAAGCCGGAGUAUGUUCGGGACAGCGAGAGGAACGGGGCGUGGCUGCCCGAGGAGCCCUACGAGGUGGACGUGACCUCGCGGUCUCCCGGGGCGACCAACCCAGUCCGCGCGUGGAGGGAGAGGGUGGCCAGCGGAAGCGUCCUCGGGGCCUUCCAGGGCUGGAGCGUCGUCCUGCUGGUCGACAACGCCAAACGGAACGCCACCAUCAAACGAAUUCUGAUGUCAGGAAAGGCCCGAGUUUACUCUUCCGCGCCUCCAUCCGGCGUUCCCGUGACACACGUGCUCACCAGCCCCGAGUGCAAGCGCUUGAUGUCCCACAAGGAGACGUGCUACUCCGUAGACCACAUCGCUCGGCAUUUGUUCGGGAGCCUGUGGUCAGAGGAGGGCUUCAAUGAGUCCCUCGACACCUCUGGGUCCAGCAGUCAAGACUGCACUCUUAUAGAUACGUGCACAGAGUUGGAGGCCAAUGACGUGCUCUUUGCCGACCUUGAAAAUCAGCUGAGAGACCAGCUCUCAAAACUUGAGCGCCUGAAGAGGAAGCUUGUUUCCACAGAGUUUUUGAAUGCGACCACAGCCGAUCCUCAGACUCAGACUGUUAUGGCGGACUUCAGUAACGUGGACAGCCUGAUCGAGUGCGGCUUGCUCACAGAAGCCCUGGAAGAGCUGCAGGGGGCGCUGCACCCUGGCCAACUCCCUCCUGUGCAGGUCCUCCAUUCGCUGAUGCAACACGCCUUGCUUGGUGAGGUGCAACCAUACUUUUACUGCACCUUCCGGGCAGUUUUACACAACAUCCUGCGGAAAAACCCUUCCUGGGGGUCCCCCGUUGUUGUCAAGUACUUCCAGCGCAGCCUGCAGUGCCCCCAGUGUAAGGGAGGACCACGGGGUCUUCUGGAACUGUCAGUCAGGUUUUGCAUGUCCAGCGAACCCACCUGUCACUCACUGCCUCGCCCCGCCCCGCCUGAGCAGGUCCGGUUCCACGUCGAGCUGCAAGGCCUCCUGCUCCAGCUCUUCCAGUUCGAGCUGCAGGCUUCCAGCAUGGGGAGAGCGGGAGGGUCCCGCUCCUCUGUACUGGUCAGCACCUUCUGGAGCGUGUGGGACCGCUCCACCCUCUGCACCCGGGCCGUCCAGCAGCUGGCCCAGCUGCUGAUCCAGGCGUCUCUCUGGGCACGGCCCUCCUCGGAGGACUGGCAGCUGAGGAUUGUGGGUACCCUCCACGAUAUCCUGGCGGUGGUGGUGGAGUACUGGUGUCAGGAGCACAGCCGGCAGAACAGGGACCUGGUGGAGAAAGGGCUGGCGGACCUGGGCCAGUACAUCGCCAUUCUCUGCCACGAUCUACCUCCUGAGGCCCUCCAGGAGUUCAUUCCCAGCAUCCCCUCUGUCAGGCUGAGGAUGGUCACCGCCGACGCCGUAUUCAGCCACCUCUGCAGCCAGAACGGCGUCGUCACGGGAACGGAGCCCCUCUCCUUAACGAAGAUCGUGAGCUCCUACCUCCCGGCCCUGGUCAGGAUGAGCGGCCGCGCGCCGACGAAGCCCCGGGCACCCGCCGUCGAACCCCCGACCGCCAGCUGCGCCGCGGACCGAGGGUCGGCCGCCACCGCCGCCGCCGUCGUCACCCCGCGGAGAGGAGCGCGGGCUGCGGAGGAGACUGUGGCCCCUGCGGCCCCCGGGGGCCCCGGCUCGGGCAAGCAGAACGUCCCCAGAGGGCUGAACCGAGUCAAUGCAGCCGGGGAGACCCUCCUACACAGAGCCUGCAAGACGGACCAAGUGGAGACCGUCCUCCGCGUCCUUCCACUUCCUGGAAUAGACGUCAACGUUAAAGACUAUGCGGGAUGGACCCCCCUCCAUGAAGCCUGUAACCAUGGCAGCAGCGCGUGCGUGCGGGCCCUCCUGGAGCACUGCCCCGCCCUUCACCUGGAAACCCAGGUGGACGGGGUCAGCCCCCUGCACGACGCCCUCCUGAACGGGCACCUGGACAUCGCCAAGAUGCUGCUGCGAUACGGCGGCUCCUCCCUGCUCCGGCAGCGGGACGGCCACGGCAGGACAGCGCUGGACCUGGUGUCCUCCCCCGAGCUUCGGGAGGACCUGAGGGCCCGGGCCCGGGAGGGGGACGCCGCGGCCGCCGCCCCGGACGCCCGGGGGUCGGAGGUCAGGGACCCGCCCUUCCUGGAGACCUGCGCCUGCCUGCUGAGCUGCCUGACCCUCAGCUACGCGCUGGCCCGGGACGUCCCCGUCCUGGAGGACCCCGGCCCCCGGCUGGCCCGCGCCCUGGCCGCCCAUUCCGUCCGGCGGGUGACGGCGGGCUGGGGCGACCCGGCGCUGGUCCGGCACGCCCAGGACCUGGAGACGCUGCUGGGGGCGGGGCGGCACCUGCGGCGGCUCCCCCACGCCGUGCGGAACUUCCCCGGGCGACACACCCGCGUCCUGAUGCGCCAGCUGGAGCAGCUGGAGUCCGACGGGGCGGAGUUGCUAGGAAACGCACCCGCGUGACCGUGCCAUCUGCCGGGGGAAUCCACGGUGGGGGGGGGGGGUUCGGGGGUUGUGGGAGAUACCAGUAAAACAUGGGGGUCCAACCCUGGUCCUGGAGAGCAGCACCUAAAAUCAGCAACCAGUUCAGACCCAAGAGACCUGGUGAAGUUAAUUAACUGUAACCAUCAACUGCUUAACUUUUCCUAGGUGAAGCGCUAAGUAACAAGGCCAACAGACCUCUGUGGCUCUCCAGGACCAGGGAUGACCAGCCCCUGCUUUAAAGCCUAACUAGUCUUCGUGCCUUAUUAUUGUAGUGAAAUCUGCUCUCAGGCUUGGUGAGGUUGGCUCGCCCAUCCAGUGUACGAUAUACAAGUAAAGGGCGCCUUGUCUCAAAUGUUUGUCCUUUAGUCCCGAGAACCUCGGUGAUGUGAAGAAGCUCGGGUCCAAUGAGCCUCCUAGGCUACAGCAUAGCUGCUAUUUUGGGGGGGGGGAAUAAAGGCACAUUUUCCGGAAGUUAGUGACAGAGGAGGCAGGCAGCACCUCUCGGAAACGUCUCUGCGAACCUUCAUCGGAGCAGAGGCGGCAUUAAGCGCAUUAAAAAUGCAUGCCGACAGAACUCCCAAGCGCCUCAAAAAAAAGCAAGCAAAACGCGAAGAAUAAAAAAAGAAAAAAAACCGCCGCGGAUAACUUAUUCAACAAAAACAGCCGUUUUUCUAAAUCCAGGUUUGUCGAGAUGUCAUUGUAGUCCCAACUUUUUUUUUUUGGCGCGAUAAACUUUGGGCGGAUAUUAAAGCGAAACCUCGCGACGAUAAACCGACGAGCGCUAACGCUCGGCGCGGUGAGCGUUUGCUCUCCCGCGCGCGGGAAACCAGGAGAGGGGAGGGCUUUGAUCGGUUUCCGGAAAAAGAGAGGAACCCAGAAACGUUUCCCUUAUUUAUUUAUUUUUUUUCGCGCUCAUCGGGUUCGAGGGCUGAGGGGAGCGGACGCGGACGAACCGGCGAGUUCAAAUCUGAGGUUCGGCGUCGGUCGUAAACGUUGCUCUCGCCGUCAGAGCCGGUUAAAUUGACGCUUGUGCGUCGCACGUUUUGUACGCUUUGCAAAAUGGUUGUUUCACUCAAUUUUUUUCUUUUUUCCCCUUUGUGCUCAUUUAAAAUUCUCAUUUGGAAGACGCACGGUACCGCAUGGUUGUUUUCAAAAGGGUUUCACUUACGGUUUUUCAAAGGGUUUUUGUUUGGUUUGUUCCUACCGUGUGUUUGUGAAGGGAGGCUCAUUGCCUGCCUGCGAUUAUGUCUGUCCCUACAGUCACAUAGCGGCGUUGCUGCUGGUUCCUAUUGUAGCUUUCCUGCCAAAAAAAAAGACCUGUCGGACAGCGUUGUUGUUACCAGUGAAGGAAAUAUUUAUAUUUGAUGCAUAUUUAUACUUGAGCCGUUUUACCGCCGUUGCUGGCGUUAACUUUUUUUGUCAAUAAAAUGAAGCAACUAUCACCAGA